GCCCUUCCCCCGGUCCGCCCCCCGCCGCGCCCCGGCAGCCGGGCCCAGCCUCAUUCAAACGGCAGCAGCGCCCGGCAGGCCCGCCGGCUCCAGAAGAGAGAAUAAAUAGUCUUGCUGUUGGCAGAGUGUGUGAAUUGGAAGCAUGUUGGCUACCAAGCUGUCCCGGCCUCUCCUCAGCUUCUCUGUGAAAACCCUGAAUUUCAAGGACCCAGGGAAUGGCAUCAAGCCUCUGCAAAGAUUUUGCAUCCCUCUCUUGUCCUCAAGUGGCAGCCGCGGUUACGCAAGUGAAGUUGAUCAGAUUGGCAGCAGAGCUGUGCUUAUAACAGGUUGUGACUCAGGGUUUGGAUUUGCCUUGGCCAAGCACCUGCAUGCCAAAGGCUUAAUUGUUUACGCUGGCUGCCUGCAAAAGGACAAGGGUGAAGGUGGCUCCAAGGAUCUGGACGACAUGAAGAGUGAUCGAAUGAGAACCGUACAGCUCAAUGUCUGUGACAGCAAAGAAGUCGACCGAGCCGUGGAGCACGUGAAUAACAGUUUGGAGGACCCAGAGAAAGGACUCUGGGGUCUGGUCAACAAUGCUGGGAUCUCCACAUUUGGGGAAGUCGAGUUCACCAGCAUGGACACCUACAUGGAGGUAGCUGAAGUGAACCUGUGGGGAACUGUGAGAACCACUAAAGCUUUCCUCCCACUCAUCAGGAGGUCAAAGGGUCGUGUGGUGAACAUCAGCAGCAUGAUGGGUCGGAUGGGCAGUCCUGCCCGCUCCCCGUACUGCAUCACCAAGUUCGGCGUGGAAGCCUUCUCCGACUGCCUGCGGUACGAAAUGCAGCCCCAGGGGGUGAUGGUCAGCAUCGUGGAGCCUGGCAACUUCAUAGCUGCCACCAACCUCUACAGCCCCGAGCGAAUCAAAGCCAUAGCCGACAAAAUGUGGGAGGAGCUGCCCGAGAUAGUGCGCAAAGACUACGGCAGGAAGUACUUCGACGAGCAGGUCAGCAAGAUGGAGACCUACUGCAACAGCGGCUCCACGGACACCUCGCCCGUCAUCGAGAGCGUCACCCACGCCCUGGUCUCCACCACCCCCUACACCCGCUACCACCCCAUGGAUUACUACUGGUGGCUGCGCAUGCAGAUCAUGACCCACAUGCCCGCGGCCAUUUCAGACCGGCUCUAUGUCUACUGAGGCCUCGCACUCCUAGGAUACCCAGGUGGGAAAUUGGUUUUCUAGAGAGCAUUGUACACACUUCCCCUUAGUCCUUCCAAAGCUUUUCUAACCUCAUUUCAGAGUACUGUAUUUUAGCUCUAAAGGGUUCAUUUCAACAUCUGACAUAACCUAAAGGGCAGUCAUUUCCAAGGGAUGCUUCAUAGGCAGGAAUAGAUGUGCAGGGACAUUUCAUUCUUUGCUAUUUAUUUCAUGUAAUCCCUUCUUUCUCACCUCAGAUACCAAGUUAUAAUUGUUAUUUAAACUGCAAUUGCUCUAAAGUGUUUUCAGAAUCAUUUCUGCUGGUGGCCAAACAGUCUUCACAAUUCCUGCCUAGGAUGCAGCCUUCACACCAUAGAACAGAGGCCCUCGGUGCUGUAAUGGCAAACCACUGCAUCUUGAUGACAGAGAGUGUCCAACAGACUUUUCCAGGCCGGGUCACAGUAGCAAGACAGAGCAGAGACUUCUUUGUUUUGGGAUCAGAACUCAAAAUGCUCUAGGUGCUGAAACUGAGCAGCUGACCCUGUCCCUUUCUGUCUUAGAAUGACACUGAUGAAACCUUAGAGAUAAGGAACCAAUCUGUUUUUCUUGCAUGCUUUCUUGCAAAGCAGUGCAACAAUCCAGGGACUCAAUCCUACAGACUUUGCCCACAGGAGUUUCUUACUCACAUGACCAUUCCCAUGAGUGUGAGCAGCUUUACACACAGGACUACAGCAAUCAGGAUUGGCCUGCUGCAACAUUUUUCUUCAACAAUAAUUGAUUAUCAACUCAAGACUUAAAUCUGGAGAAUUCCAGCUCCUGUGAUGGGUGAGGAUCACCACUGAGCAGAGGGAAGCAGAGAGGGUCACAGGCACAUCAGUGAAUGCCAUUCUCAUCAGAAACCUCAGCGGUCCACUGAAGUAUUUGUACACCACUUGCACAAAACGGCCUGAAACCUGGCCAGAGCCUCUAGACACUCUUACAGUGCAGGUGAUGGUAACAAUCAUAACUUCACUGAGCUGAAAUACAUCUAAAAUGGUAUAAACUUAACAAAACGUCCAUAACAAUAACUUUAAGAGCAGUUUCUUUUCCGUGGUGGUUGUUUACAUGUCUGAGAAAUGUUUGUUUUGUACCAUAAGAAAAGGGGGGAAAAAAAAAACAAACCAAAACGCAGAAGAUUUCUUUUUUCAUGGGAAAAUGUGGAAAGGGCAAUUCUUUUUUAAAAAGCUCAAAAGGCAAAAACUAAAGCAGUGAUUAAAAUACCAUUGUUGGCAGUGGCAAAGAGGAGUGAUCUCACGUGCUCUAGUAACAUACUGCGACGUGAUCAAACUCAUUUGGCUUAAUAAACGUCUCCAUGAAUGGUAACAAAA